GUUCUAUUCUUGUUGAUUGUCACAAUGGCCCUAGUAUCGGCGAUGCCGUAUCCCGGCGGCCAUCACGAACACACGCACUUUAUCAUUCACGUGCCGCAUCACAUUCACAAGCAUCACCAUACACACGUGAAGAAGAUUUACAUACCGGUCAAAUCACACGAUGAUCACCAUAAGCAUCAUGAAGAAGAUGGCUGGUAAAUCACUUGGUCUCGCGACUUUCUUGUGGUUGAAGAACUUGUCACUUGUCAAAGUUACUUAAUAAUCAUUUGAUGAUAUAUUGAUGACGACUUGUUUGUUACGGUCUCACACUGUUAAUUAUGUAAAAUAAACCAUAUUUAUAGAUCAAUGAUUCCACUUUAUCCGACAAUUUUCUCGCGAUUUGUGUAAAUUUCUGAAGGUAAGUGAUUAUCAUUUAUUUUAAGGGGAUGCUGGAGUGAUUCUGCACUUUUGC